UCAAGCUGUCCUUCCUUCCCCCCCCCCUCCCUCCUCCAGCCCAGUCCCUGCAUCCUCCUCCCGGCCUGAGCGAGAGCAACAGGGGAGAAAACAGUCAGUUAACCCACCAAGGCUGCAAGGACAGGAGGGAAGAGAGACAGGAGAGGGGGCGGGGAGGUAGGGGGCAGAGAAAAAAACCCAGCCUCCAUCCCAAAAAAAGCCCCCUUCGGCUACUCCAUCCCCGGGCAUGAAACUCUUGAAUCCCGCCUGCUCUCUAUGGCCACGGCUGCUGCGCUGCACUUUGUGCUUCUUGAGCCUGGAUGCGGGACUCAGCGCUGCUCGCUCAGAUUCCAAGGUGUUCCUGAUCUACAAUACUGGCCUGUCAGGCUGCCUGGAAACCAAGGACUCCCUGGUGAAGAUCUCUAAAGCCUGUAACACCAGCACCCCAGCACAGCAGUGGAAAUGGGUCUCCCGGAGCCGACUCUUCAAUGUUGGGGCCAUGCAGUGCCUGGGAGUCUCCUGGCAGGGUGUCAACGCUACCAUGAGCAUGCAGUCACUAGCCACAUAUGAGUGUGACCGUGAGUCCAUCAACAUGAGGUGGAACUGCCGGAGCCUGGGGGAGCAGCUAUCUCAGUAUCUGAGCACCAGGAUAGGGAACUCUUCCCUGGUGCUUGCUGAGAGAGGAGAUCAGGCACGCGGAGCACAGUGGAGAACCUAUGGCACUGAUGAAGAUCUGUGCUCUGUACCGUACUCAGAAAUUUACACCAUUCAAGGCAAUUCCCAUGGGAAGCCAUGCACCAUCCCGUUCAAGUAUGAUAAUCAGUGGUUCUAUGAAUGCACCAGCACAGGGCGCGAGGACGGGCAUCUUUGGUGUGCUACCACACAAGAUUAUGGCAAGGAUGAAAUAUGGGGCUUCUGUCCCAUUAAGAGCAAUGACUGUGAGACCUUUUGGGACAAGGACCACCUGACCAACAGUUGCUACCAGUUUAACUUCCAGUCAACCCUGUCAUGGCGGGAGGCCUGGAACAGCUGUGAGCAGCAGGGAGCCAACCUGCUGAGCAUCACAGAGAUCCAUGAACAGACCUAUAUCAACGGACUGCUGACAGGAUAUAGUUCUACCCUUUGGAUUGGGCUCAAUGACUUGGAUAUCAAUGGGGGCUGGCAGUGGUCAGACAACUCGCCACUGAAAUACCUUAACUGGGAGAACGAUCAGCCUGACAACCCUAGCGAGGAGAACUGCGGGGUGAUCCGGACGGAGUCAUCGGGGGGAUGGCAGAACCGGGACUGUAGUAUUGCUCUGCCUUAUGCCUGCAAGAAGAAACCCAACGCCACUGCAGAUCCAUUCACUACAGAUUCCUGGUCAGAGGUGAAGGUAGACUGUGAGCCCAGCUGGCAGCCCUUCCAGUCCAACUGCUACCGCCUGAUUGGUGAGAAGAAGAGCUGGCAAGAUGCAAAAAAGACCUGCCUAAGAAGCGGUGGGGACCUGGUGAGCAUCCACACUCUCUCCGAGCUGGAAUUCGUCACCAAGCAGAUCAAACAAGAUGUUGAGGAGCUUUGGAUUGGCCUGAAUGAUCUCAAGCUGCAGAUGAAUUUUGAGUGGUCGGAUGGGAUGCCAGUAAGGUUCACAUACUGGCACCCAUUUGAGCCAAACAACUUCCGAGACAGCCUGGAAGACUGCGUGACCAUCUGGGGACCGGAAGGGAGGUGGAAUGACAGCCCGUGUAACCAGACCCUGCCCUCCAUCUGUAAGAAGCCAGGCCGGGUGAAUCAGGAGAAAGAGGAGGAGGACCACGGCUGCAGAAAGGGCUGGAAAUGGCACAGCCCAUCCUGCUAUUGGUUGGGAGAAGACCACGUAACAUACAGCGAGGCUCGGAAGAUGUGCUCUGACUAUGGGGCCACUCUGGUCACCAUCACCAACAGGUUUGAGCAGGCGUAUGUAAGCAGCCUCAUCUAUGUCUGGGAAAAUGAGUAUUUCUGGACGGCGCUGCAGGACAUCAAUGAGACAGGCUCUUUCCGCUGGCUGAGUGGUGAUGAGGUCAUGUACACCCACUGGAACCGCGACCAGCCUGGUUACAACAAAGGUGGUUGCGUUGCCUUGGCCACUGGGAGCUCCAUGGGGCUGUGGGAGGUAAAGAACUGCAGCACGUUCAAGGCCAAGUACAUCUGCAGGCAGAACUUGGGCACCCCAGUGAACCCCGACUUACCGGCCUCGUACCCCACACCCAGCUUCACUGGGUCCUGCCCUCAGGGAUGGAGUUCAGACCCCAAGCUCCGACACUGCUACAAGGUGUUUCACUUUGACAAGCUGCAAGACAAAAAGACCUGGAUCAUGUCUCAACUGUUUUGCCGUGAGCUUGGGGCACAGCUGCUCAGCUUGGGCAGCUAUGAGGAAGAACAUUUCAUAGCCAACACGCUCAACAAGAUUUUUGGUGAAUCAGAACCAGAAAUCCAUGAGCAGCACUGGUUCUGGAUUGGCUUGAAUCGGCGGGACCCCACCAGCGACAGGAGCUGGCGAUGGAGUGAUGGCCUUGGGUUUUAUUACCACAACUUCGAUCGCAGUAACCAUGAUGAUGAUGACAUCCGUAACUGUGUGGUGUUGGACCUGGCAUCCUUGCAGUGGAUGCCCAUGCAGUGUGAGUCUCAGCUAGAUUGGAUCUGCAAAGUACCCAAAGGUGCUGACGUGAAGGAACCAGAGAUCACCACGCAGGGGAGCAAAGAGUGGAUUAAAUACCAGGAUGAAGAAUACAAAUUCUUUGAGCAUCACUCAAGCUGGGUGCAGGCCCAGCGCAUCUGCACCUGGUUCCAAGCAGAGCUGGUGUCUGUUCACAACCGAGCAGAGCUGGAUUUUUUGGGCCAGAAUCUGAAGAAGUUCUCCAGGGGCCAGGAGCAACACUGGUGGAUUGGGCUACACACGUAUGAAAAUGAUGGGCGAUUCAAGUGGUCUGACGGCUCCCUACUGAAUUUCAUUUCAUGGGCACCAGGCAAACCCCGGCCAAUCAGCAAGGACAGGAAGUGUGUGUAUAUGACGGCCAGCAGAGAGGACUGGGGUGACCAGAAGUGUCUUACUGCUCUGCCAUACAUCUGCAAACGGAGUACCUCCACUGCCAUGAAGCCCACCCUCCCACCAUUGCCCACUCCUGUUCCUGGUGGCUGUGCUAGAGGCUGGAUCCCAUUCUUCAGCAAGUGUUUCAGCUUCAAUGGCCACGACAAGACAGAGAAGGUGACCUGGCAGGAUGCAAAACAGGCGUGUGAGAGCCAAGACGCUGUGCUGGCCACUAUCUCCAACUACCUCGAGCAAGCUUUUAUAACCUCCCAGCUUCCAAACAUAACCUUUGACCUUUGGAUUGGCCUCCAUGAUGCCAAGAAGGAGUUCCAGUGGGUGGAAUCUGAGCCGCUCAGAUACAUCAACUGGGCCCCUGGGGAGCCCUCUGGAUACGGCAGCUCCACAUCCAGUGAGAAACCGACUAACUGUGCUGUGGUUUGGCACGGCGCCCCUCCCCACUUCACCGGCUGCUGGGACGACAGGAACUGCCUGGAGGAGAUGCACGGGUUUAUCUGCCAGCGAAGCAUAGACCCAACCCUGAGCUCCUCCCGGACGACGUAUCCCCCUUCCCCCAACUCCACGCUCUCUUAUCUCAACAGCACCUACCGCAUCCUGCAGAAACCUCUGAAGUGGCAUGAGGCCCUGCUGCUGUGUGAGACCCACAACACCACCCUAGCCAGCGUGCUGGACCCCUACACACAGGCCUACCUCACUCAGGCAAUCAGCAGCUUGCGGGCCCCUCUCUGGAUUGGCCUGGCCAACGAUGAGGGAGGCCGGAGCUAUUCAUGGUUCACAGAGGAGAGUCUUUACUAUGUCAACUGGCAGGAUGGUGAGCCCCAGCAGGUCACAGGCUGCUCCUACAUGGAUGUGGAUGGGACCUGGCGAACAGCCAGCUGUGACACCAAAUUGCAAGGGGCUGUUUGCAAGAUCAGUACAGGGCCCCCUCGAACACACAAGUGGAGCUUCAAUGGGAGCUGCCCCAAAUCAAUUGAAGAUUCCUCCUGGAUUCCCUUCAGGGAUAAUUGCUACACCUUCCACAUGGAGGUCACUCUGGGCCAUAAGGAUGCCAUGAAGAGAUGCCAGAAAGCUGGUGGCAUGGUGCUGUCCAUCCACGAUGAGACGGAGAACGUUUUUGUUUGGGAGCAUCUCCAGGCCUAUGAAAGCCAGUCCAAAGGUGCCUGGUUGGGGAUGACCUUUAACCCCAAAGGGGGUACCUUGGUUUGGCAUGACAACACGGUCGUCAACUACUCGAACUGGGGCCACCACGACACAGGACCAAACAUGCUGAGCCAAAACAGCUGCUACUGGAUCCAGAGCAGUAAUGGGGUGUGGCGUCUCGGCUCCUGCACAAACGUCACCAUGGGGGUCAUUUGUAAAAUCCCCCGAGUUGAGGAAAGCAACUCCCCCCGAUCAGCUCUCUCAGAGAAUACAACUGCCAUUGCCGUGGUCAUCCUCUCGACGCUUGCACUGUGCGUGUUGAUAGCCAUCACAAUCUACUUAUACAAGCGCCGGCGGAGCUCAGAGCGGGGGGCCUUCGAGAGUGCCCGCUACAGCCGCACUACCUCCAACCCCAGCGAAUCCGCUGAGAAGAACAUCCUGGUGUCGGACAUGGAGAUGAAUGAACAGCAAGACUAAUGGGGGAGGGGGGGGAGGGGCUGAAAGCACUAUACAUACCACCCCCAAACAAAAUCAGAUAUGCAGGGUCAGCAAAGGGCAACAGCAGAAGCACUGCUGCAGGGCCUGGGAAGAGGGACUGGAGGCUGGGGGUGGAAUGAGGGCCUUUUUUCACAGGAAAUCCAAUGCAGCUUCCUAUUCCCAGGAAGACACCACAUACUCCCAUCUGCCUUUCAGGCAGGAGGGAUUUUCCGCAUCCACAAGGAGGUCACCUGCAUAAGUGAGGAGGUGAUGAGGCCUUUGAGUAAGAGCAGAGCCUUCCCCCAGGCUUUUUGGUGACCUUUUCAGGAACCCAAAUGUGUUUCCCUUGGGUGCAAACAAGCCUGGCCAUUUAGGGCCUGGAGACAGCCCCCUGGACUGGUUCCCCUAAAGGAGAAAAUGGGCUGGUUGCCAAAAAGAAGUCUCCCCAGAGUGAAAUGUCUCUAAACCCAACCCCUCUCCAUUACACACGUGUCUAGGUGCAAGGCCUCUGUGCAAAUAUCUGUGCCUGGGGAAUCUCUUCCCCAUUGUCAGAGCCAUCACUGCACAAGGCCUUCCCCUACCCUGACCACACCAUCAGAGUUGGUAUCCUACCACCUCCUCCAGCAGUCAGUGAGAUCUUCCUGGUGAUCAGAAGGUAAAAUACCCCUAGCAGGGGCGCUCCUGUCCCCCAGGCAUAAAGGUGUGAGUGCUCCCUCCUCUUCUAGCAUAGGGGCCAAUUCCAGAGAGCCUGCUGUAAGGGGCUGGCUUCUCACCCAGCCCUUCCUUCAGACUCUGUUUCACUUCAUUGUACCAUUGCAUUUAUGCCAGAGCAUGCCAGGCAGACUCCGCUGCCCAACUUCAGCCCAGUGCACCUCUUCCCCAGAUCCAAGUAGUGGCCACCCUCUUUCAACAGCACACUUCUGACAGGAUAGAUGCUCAGAUGCAAGGGAGACACAAAAGGCUUCACAAAAGUUGCUCUCUGCGUUCCCUCUUCUGGUGCCCAACUAGCGAGAUGCUCGGUGGAGGGUUUCUCCCACCAGCGCCGUCUCUUCCGUACCUGCCCUUCUGCUGUUAAACUCUGCUGACUUUCAGAAUAAUCAUAUGCCUGGGGUUGGGGAACAAGAUGGAUCAUUACUUUGCUUGCUGUUUGCAAUUGGUCACCUCCCUUGGUCUGUGAUAAUGAGGAUAUGAGCGGGGAGGGGGGUAUGGUUUCAGAUUUGUUUAGUUUUGUUUUUUAAGGGAAUGGUUGCUUCUCGCUAUACUGUAUCAAACGCGUGCUGAAUAUAUACCUUCUUUCACACAGAUGGCUGGGGUGUUUGUGGUUGCCUGUUUCGUGUGUAAAGUAUAGCUGUGAAGGAGGAAGGCAAUGCCUGAGCCUUCUUCCUUGCUUUUGAGCUGUGCAAUAAGAAGCCUGGGUUUCCUGGGGCAGAAGCUGGGAAUGGAGCUCAGCCUUUCCACUCCACCAUCUGGCUUCAGCAACCAACCUCUGCUGGGGUCAGGAUCCUGGAUGACUGGAGACAGGGAGAGACAUUCAGCACUUCAGGGGUUUUCUCUGAUAGGAAUGGGACACAGAGGAGGCCUGCGAGACCACAGAAGCAGGACAGCAGACCCCCCACCUCUCCCUUGCAAGAGACACUUAUUUUUAGCCCUCUGCCUCCGAAGGCUUGAAUUUUUGUUCUAAAGACAAUGGAAAAUAGCUAAUUGUUGUUGUUCUAUUUUUUAUGGCACCUAUGUGAAUUUUUAAAUCUGUUGAGUUCACUUAAGCUGGAAAUUAAGUGUUUGAAAAAUUUGGUGGGGGAGGCGGGAGGGGGGUUGGUUUUGUUGAUUUCUGACUUUGUUUAAAAGCCACCACAACAUUCCAUAGCAAGGGGCACUUUGGAGACAAUAGUGCUGCCCUGGGUCCAUUUCUCUGCCUUGGCUCUGUCUGCAUUUAUUUCCUGAGGGUCUUUAUAGUUUGGAGCUGUUUGUCUUUACACAUAGACUCAGGGGGCCUGCGUGGCUCAGUAGACAAAUGCCUUCAGCCUUUCAGCUCUGAAGAUCUGGGUGAGAAAUCCUGAUGAGGAUGAAAAUGAAGUUGCUGAGCUCAUUCCAAUCCCCACUAGGCAUUUGUCUACAUCACACACACAGGUAGCAUUGGCAGCAUAGGCAGCAUUGGCUGCUGGGAUCUCCAGAUGCAGAGUAUAAGAAGGGUUGGUUGGGACAGAAGUGCGCUGGCACAGCUGUAUGGAGGUCAAUGGGGGCAAGAAAAGAGAAGAAAGUUGGCAUUGCAGGUCAAGACUAAAGUGUCUUAGCUAGGAGAUUCAGGAAUAGGUGUGAAAGACAGGAUUGGUAUAUGCUUGCAGAGCUGGUGGCUGUGUAAGAGGCCUCAAAUAAUAAGCGUGUAGCAGCUCAGGACAGGGGUUCAUCAAAAGAAUUGAGUGAGGGCCUAAGGCUGGACUAGCAGAGCAUUCAGGAUUGAGGUGCCUUGGUAAAGAUGUGGUAUAGGGGGAACGGGGCUGGCCUAGCAGGGAGACUGCAGGCUGGGAUUGUGUCUGUAAGGCAGUCAAACUGUGGGGGAGCCCAGGCUUGAAAGAGGAAAGACACGUAGCUUAGAAAUGAAGCGCAGUGACAGGGUGGUGUGGGGAAGGCUGCAUAGUUCUGUCUGGCUUAUGCAUGGCUUUUAGUCCCUCACUCACAGUGAUCCUCACACUCUUUAACACCCUUUUGUGGUUCUGAGCAAUCUCAUUCUUUUUUUCUUCUUUCAAAGUAAAAUAACAAACAAAACCGCAGUCUAGGGAAAUGCUGUAUGAGAAUCUUGUCCUCUGGUAACAGUGAUCUGGAUUACAGGAAAAAUGCAUGUACAGUUAAGCAAUAUUUCCUAUCACCAUUACAAUAAUGUGAAGAAAUGCUUAAAAGGACCCAGUGUGUGUGUGUGUGUGUGUAUGUAUGUAUGUAUGUGUGUGUGUGUAUAUAUGUGUAUAUAUACACACAUAUACAAACAUACAUAUAUAAAAGUUUUGCAAUUUUUUUACUCUCUCAUUUGUAAGAUCCUUCUAGAAGCUUGGAAAUAAAAUAUCCUUCCUUA